AAUCCCAAUAAAACGCUGCGUCUCUCCUUCCGGUGAAGCAACUGCGUUUCUCUUUCUCCAAAACUACGCUGAUUUCCGGAUCGCCGACCGUCGAAUUUCCUAUUAACGAUUACCAUCCACCGGACACCGGCGUCCUUGAUGCGUGGCCAUGAUUGGAUCAACACUUGUCUCCCGGACGAGCUGAUCGAGGAGAUCUUCCAACGGGUGGACUCCAAGUCCGACCGCGAUGCCUGCUCCCUGGUUUGUAAGCGGUGGCUGGGUCUCGAGCGGCUUAGCCGCACUACCCUCCGCAUCGGCGCCUCCAGCUGCCCAGACCUGUUCGUCAAUCUCUUGGCGAGUCGCUUCCCCAACGUAAAAACCGUCCAUAUUGAUGAGAGAUUAGCUAUUUCUCUCCCUGUUCACCUGGGAAAAAGACGUGGCAGAGACAAGACUAAACUGACACCCCGCAGGCUUCACUAUUCAGAUGAGAAAAGUGAAGAAGGUGAUUUUGAAUCAGUCUCUUUGACAGAUAAUGGGCUGACAGCACUUGCUGAUGAAUUUGUGAAACUUGAAAAAUUGAGCUUGAUAUGGUGCUCUGACAUAUCAAGUUUCGGUUUGACAUCCUUUGCACAGAAAUGUGCUUCCUUGAGAUCUUUGGACCUGCAGGGUUGCUAUAUUGGAGAUCAGGGUCUUGCAGCUGUUGGAAAAUGUUGUCAGCAACUUCAAGACUUAAAUCUCCGCUUUUGUGAAGGCUUGAGUGACAGGGGAUUGAUUGAUUUAGCCAUUGGUUGUGGGGAAUCACUCAAAUCUCUUGGGGUGGCUGCAUGUGCAAAAAUAACUGAUAUUUCACUAGAAGCAGUUGGGUCUAACUGCAAAUUUCUUGAGACCUUGUCAUUGGAUUCAGAAUAUAUCCACAAUAAAGGGGUCAUGGCUGUUGCCCAAGGAUGUAAUCUCUUGAAAGUUUUGAAGAUACAAUGUAGUAAUGUUACAGAUGACACUCUGACAGCCGUGGCAACAUCUUGUUUGUCACUGGAGUUGUUGGCUUUAUACAGUUUCCAGCAAUUCACAGACAAGGGUUUGUGUGCUGUUGGAAAAGGGUGUAAAAAGCUGAAAAGUCUUACUUUAAGUGAUUGCUAUUUCCUGAGUGACAAGGGUCUAGAAGCUAUUGCCACUGGUUGCACUGAGCUUACACAUCUUGAAGUCAAUGGCUGCCACAAUAUUGGAACCAUUGGGCUUGAAUCUGUUGGAAGAUCUUGCCUGCACCUUACUGAGUUGGCUUUACUAUAUUGCCAAAGGAUCAGUAAUUGUGCUCUUUCUGAGGUUGGCAAGGGCUGUAAAAACCUGCAAGCUCUUCACUUGGUUGAUUGCUCAAGUGUUGGUGAUGAUGCCAUUUCCAAUAUAGGAAGAGGUUGCCAAAAUCUAAAGAAACUUCACAUCCGUAGAUGCUACGAGGUUGGGAAUAAGGGAAUCAUAGCUGUUGGUGAGCAUUGUCACUCUCUCACUGAUCUUAGUCUUCGAUUUUGUGAUAGGGUGGGGGAUGAGGCUCUCAUUGCUAUUGGUCAGGGCUGCUCCCUGCAGUAUUUAAAUGUCAGUGGCUGCAUUCAAAUUGGUGAUGCUGGAAUUGUAGCCAUUGCAAGAGGAUGUCCUCGACUAACUCAACUAGAUGUUAGUGUUCUCCAGAAUCUGGGGGAUAUGGCAUUGGUUGAGUUAGGAGAAGGUUGCCCAUUACUCAAAGAUAUAGUGCUCUCACAUUGCCACCAAAUAACAGAUGUUGGUCUUUCCCAUCUCGUUAAAAAGUGCACCAUGCUCAAGUCCUGCCAAGCGGUUUAUUGUCCUCGCAUAACCACAGCUGGAGUUGCCACAGUGGUUUCAACUUGUCCCAACAUGAAGAAGCUCCUGGUUGAGAAAUGUAAAGUUAGCCCAAGGACUAGAAGAAGAGCAGGCUCGAUCAUCUCCUACCUCUGCGUAGAACUCUAGUCCGGACAUCAAGCUAUAUAUUGCAACUCCACAAGUUCUCUGCUCAUUGUGUUUUGAUACACAAAGUUGACGAUCUGAAGGGAAACGUUGGAGCAUUUCAGUACGUGUCUUUUUAUUUAUUUAUUUGUUGUUUUUUUUUUUUUUUCCUUAGUCUAAGAAUUAACAAAUCCUCAAUUUUAUCAAUGUUCUUCUUUGUUGUAUUGUAGUUUUUUCAGUGAUCGCAUCCGAGUUAAAACCUUUCUUUUUUUAAUUCAAGUUAUGUGUUUGGGGAACACUUAUUCCAGCAAGAAUGACAAUUUA